AUGAAGGACUUCUCGCCGGAGAACAAGAUCCCCUGGAUGAACAAGCGAGCGCCCGUGCAACCGCCACUGGUGGUGAAGAUCUGCCUGUGGGUCGUGCAGGUGGGCUUGGCGGUGGCCAUCAUCGGCCUCUGGAUCGCCACCGCCGUCGGCAUUGGCGAGAAGGACAUCAACGACCCGAACGACAGCUACGAUUCGACAUGCGCCAUCGGCACCAAGUUCCAGUAG